CUUCCGGUUCCUCUAUUGGAUCAGCUGACUCUGAUGCUGCUGUCAGGAGACCUCACGAUCAGCGCUGAAUGGCAACUAUGAACAUUGCCAAGCCAUAGAAUCACUACAGGCAGCUGUAUUUCCACCAGUAACACCAACGCAGUUAGCAUACGGUUUCCAGAAUCUUCUCCAGAGCUGUAACCAUGACCGAGUUUUGGCUCAUCUCUGCUCCUGGAGAGAAGACCUGCCAACAGACAUGGGACAAGCUGAUGGCAGCCACCACACGCACUAACAACCUCUCUACCAAUCACAAGUUCAGCAUCCCAGACCUCAAGGUGGGAACGCUUGAUGUCUUGGUUGGACUUUCAGACGAACUCGCCAAAUUAGAUUCAUUUGUUGAAAGUGUGGUGAAGAAGGUGGCUCAGUACAUGGCCGAUGUGCUGGAGGACAGCCGAGACAAAGUGCAGGAGAACCUGCUGGCCAACGGAGUUGACCUGGUCACCUACAUCACACGGUUCCAGUGGGACAUGGCGAAAUAUCCCAUAAAGCAGUCCCUUAAAAACAUCUCAGAAAUCAUCUCUAAGCAAGUAACYCAAAUCGACAAUGACUUGAAGSCCAGAGCUUCAGCUUAUAACAACCUGAAGGGAAACCUGCAGAACUUGGAAAGGAAGAAUGCGGGGAGCUUGCUGACCAGAAGUCUGGCUGACAUUGUCAAAAAGGAAGAUUUUGUCCUGGAUUCAGAGUACCUCAUUACUAUGCUGGUGGUUGUACCAAAGACUAAUUAUCCCGACUGGCAGAAAACAUAUGAAACACUGGCCGAGAUGGUGGUGCCUCGAUCGUCAAACCUGCUGUUUGAAGACAGCGACAGUGGGCUGUUCAGCGUUACUUUGUUCAGGAAAGCCAUAGAUGACUUCAAGCACAAAGCCAGAGAGAACAAAUUCACGGUGAGAGACUUCCAGUACAAUGAAGAGGAGAUGAAGGCUGACAAGGAGGAGAUGACAAGGCUCUCCACAGAUAAGAAGAAGCAGUUUUCUGCCAUGGACAUCCCAGGCCUGAACCUGAGCCAGCAGGAGUACUAUCCCUACGUCUACUACAAGAUCGACUGCAACCUGUUAGAUUUCAAAGUUUAAACAGUCGUCCAGUUUACGUCUUCAUGCCGUAUGUUUAUUAAGUUAUGUUCUUCCUCUCCUCUCACGCUGUCUCUCCCCCCCCCGACCUCCAAUCUUUGGUCAGCUUCUGCCGCGACUGUGCUGCAUGAUCAUUCCCUGUGGUAAAAUUCAUCAGAAAGCCUCUACCACUUUUAAAACCAAGGGACAAAAAGACUUUUUAUAUAUUGUCCUAGUUUAAAGUUUAUUUUUUCCUGUUUUAACACAAGUGAUUAGCUUUUUUUUUGUUGUUUUUGAUGUGAAGUGAAUACAGAAAUCAUACUGGAGUCAUAUAUAUAUCUACUGUCAUUCCACAUGUGCUGAUGUGUAUUUAUAGCUGCAUCUGUGUCGGUGUUCAGAGAUUUAUGUUUACAUAUGGGUAGUUUCAUCAUUGCGCCCAUGGCAACCACACACGGUACGCAUUUCGGAGUCUGUGGGCGACCCCCUGCAGAUGUCGUGAAACCAAGUUAUUAACGGAGUGUGUGUUGUUGUUUCUUGUCGUGUGUAUCUGCUGUCAAAAAGAGAUCUAUAACUGAGUAUUGUGAAAGCAGCCGAUUAAAUAAAUAAAUGAUUAUAUGUAAUUGAAACCAAGAAUUUAUGUGUAAAUAAAACAGCCGAGGCCUGGAUGUGUGAUUUACUGGUUAGUCACACAAUAAUGUGCAUGUGAUAAGAGUGAGUCACAUAAGCAGCAUCUGUUUAAUAAAAAGUGAUCCUCCAUGAA